AUGUCUGAUUCUAUUGCUCAUGAUGCGCUAGGAGAGAUUAAUAAAGACAGUAUUGAGCUCAGAAAGCAUAGGAACAGUCUACAGGCCGUCAGCCGACUUCCUGAAGACUUGUUGAUUGAAGUAUUUACGAUCAUUAAUUCUCCAAUGCAUGCGGGUUCGGUAGAGUUUCCGCCCAUCCAUUUCGUGCAUAUGGUUUCGCAAGUUUGUAGUCAAUGGCGGCGCACAUGUCUCAACAACCCUUUGUUGUGGGCUCACAUCUAUAUCAAGGCCUUUCCACUUUCUUCAUUCGCCGACCUGUGUAUAACCCGCGCCAAGAAUGCGCCCAUCACUCUCAAUGUCACUUCUUCUAGGCAAAAGCUUACCGUCGUCAUCUGGAAGCGCUUAUUGAAAUCUUUGGAAAACAGAGGUAUCGGCACCCAUCGCUGGAAGGCACUUGUCAUUCGUGUGAGCGAUUUUGAAGUCUUUCCACAUUUAAUUGAACACUUGGCCUCGUACCCAACUCCCAAUCUGGAAUCUAUUUUCUGCGCAACGCAAACACACAGGUACUUUGCGGAAUCACAUCCCAAUCGUCGGCCAAGCUCUGUCCCUUUCCUCACCGACCAGCCCACACUAUCAAACUUGUCCCUCCCUGGGUUGAGUUCUGUUGUGCUCAAAAGGGUGCAUCUAGCCCAUUUGUUUGAACGCAACCCUCCCAUAUCGUUCACUCGGCUUACGCGAUUACAUCUCGUGGAAGCCGGGCUAGGCCAUUACGCGCCAGACGCAUUUGCUCUCCUGCUCUCAUCGCACCCCAGUUUAGAAGAGGUAUCGUUGAACGAGCAUACAUACUUUCAAGAUGACGAUUCAAAGUCAUGGUCCACCAUCACACCUGUGACUUUUUCCUUCCUUCGCAGGUUGAAAUUGAUGGUCACGGACCUUUACAGCUCUAGUGGUGGCAUGGGGCUUAGAUGGAUGAACCGGUUUCUCCAGUCGAUCGAUGCACCUGGAUUAAAUCAAUUGAUCCUUAUAGCACCUUCCGUAGUCCCCAACACCGCCAACGAAGAACUUGUUGACGUUAUAUCUACUGGUUACAAAUUCAAUCGAGCGAAUACGAACGAGUCGAACCCAUCAUCCAAGUUGCUAUACCCUGCGCUGCGUUACCUUGGUGCUAUAUUUCCUCUCCCAAAGGAUAGCCGGCUGUACAUGGCGGAAUCCAUGCUUACCGCGCUACCAUCGUUGACACAUUUAAGAAUACUUAGUGAAGAUAUUGCAGUUUUAGACAGGGCACCGCGAUGUUCGUCCAGUUUGACCCAUUUGUUUAUUCAAAAUUCGGUAUUUCCCAAAGAACUUGGGAACAUCUUGCAUCGUCGACAGGAAGCAGGACUUCCUAUUCGUACAUUGGGUAUUCUGGGAGGCAAGGAUGUAAUCGGAUUGCCUACCGCGGUUGAAUUGAAACGCUAUGAUGGUAGCCAAGCCGGCGAUUUUCUUGAUUUGUAG